AAAAAAUCAACUCCCUCAUAGACCAGAGAGAUAACCAAAGCUUUCAAAUCUGCAGCAAUGGAAAAAAGAUGAGAUCGGGAUUUGAUUUGAGGGGGAAAAAAAUCUGGUUGCCAAUACUCGACGAUUAUUAUUAAUACACCUUUUUUUUAGUAUGAGAUGGAUCGUGGUUAUGAUAAUGAUGGCGUUAGCUGCGUCACUGCUGGUUUUGCCGCUGCUUCUGCCGUCGCUUCCGCCUCCGCCAUCGAUGCUUCUUUUCGUACCGGUUCUGAUCAUGAUUCUUCUCCUCUUCUUGGCCUUAUCUCCAUCACAAGCCCCUACUGUCAUCACCACUGCAGUAUGAAAUCUCCUGAUUUGUAUGUAUUUGAUUGCAAGGAAUAUGAAUAUCUCAUGAAGCCAGUUGUCUGUUCAUUGCUUAACCUUCAUCUCAAGUCCAGCGUUAGCAGCUUUUUGGACUGCCUUUGGCUAUUCAAAUUAUAUGAGGAAUUUGGUCUAAUUUGAGCUUCUUCCAUGAAAUUACAAGUUGGGAAAUACUGAGAUUGUGUGUUAUGGAUGAUGAAGAAGCUUUCUAAUGGGCUUUUCUGUGUUGAAAUACUGACUGGAAAUCGAAAAGCAGUAAUGUGUUCCUCCGAACAAGUGAAGGUAAAGAAGUACAUAAUUUUAAACUCGUUUUACA